AGAAAAUUAUGCAAAAAAUGAAACUGUGGUCUCAGUUCUGUGUAGUGUAGAGAACAACAAAAGGAAAAACAGAGAAAAAAAUAAAAUUAAAAGUCAAUUACUUUUCUUUUUUCUUUUCUUUUCUUUUUUUUUUUUGGACAAAUGCUGUAAAUUCAAGGGGCCAACUCAGGCAAAUUUCUGAGACCCACAAAGGUACAAAGACAAUCAUCAAAAGCGAAGAACUGGAAAAGUGGAAACACAGGCCGCGAGCCAUCAUCCAUUCAUUCCUACAUCCUCUUCCUUCUCUUUUGCUUUUUAUUUUUCGGGUUUUGUGGUGUUUCCCUCUACUUUACAAAUUAAAGAGUGGAUCACAGUCACAGGUAACAAGUUUACAACUCUAUACUAUACUAUACUGCACUGCACUGAUUGUCCUCUCUUGCUACAACUCUCUGUUUACUGGUUCCCUUCAUGCUUUGCACUGUGGCUCCUGUUUAAUCACUUUUCACACUCUGUGGAUUCAUUUUAGUUGGAUUGGAUAAAGACAUGAAUUUUCAGAGGUUUCUCAUAUGACACCAUGUCUAUGUCCUGUUAUGAGGGAAAAGCACAGUAUUCAAAGGGAGAACUGAACUUGCGGAAAGAGUGGAACAAAAUUUGCCGAGAGAUUUUCAUUUUCUUCCCCUUGACUUGACUUGACGUGCAAGUACAACCAAAUCGUUGUUUGUUACAUAGGAGAAAGCGAGGGUUUUGUUUCGUUUUUUUAUUUUUCUGCUUCCACUGCAUCUUUUUCACUUCUUGUGAUGCUAUCAUAUCUUGUUCUACCUUUAUUAGCUGUGUUACUGUUAUUGAAUCCUUGUUAGACAUGGCGGAAAUUAGGCUUACAAGGGCAGAGCGAGGCCAAACAAAGGUUAAGAAUGUUCCGAUAGCUGUCACCCCAGAAGGAUUUUGGUGUUGCCCUUCUCCUGUUGUGUUUCAGAAAAGCCUUAAGGCUCAAAAUCCUCUAAAUAAGCCCAAACCCUCUUCACCCCCACCAAAAACUAGUGUCCAGAAAAAGCCAGUGCCUGUGGCAGUGAGUGAGAGAAGAGGUGCUGCACCUGCACCUGCACCUUCAAGAUUGAUGCUUUCUGAUGAUCAACAAUGUGCUACUGCUCCAGAAAGACCGCCACCUACUACAUCUGUGGCUGCAGAGAGACCCCCGAGACCCAAAAUUGAAACUUUGCCGAAAAAGGUAGCUAUUGAGUUUGGUGAACCUGGAACUUGUGAUAUGAAGGUGGUUUUAUUAGGAAAGCAGGGUUUCUCUGUCAAGUUGAGUGUGCACAAGGAUGUUCUGACUGAGAAGAGUAGUUUCUUUUCUGAAAAACUCUCUGAACAGUCGAGUUUAACAUGUCUCCAAAUUGGUGAUUGUGAGGAUGUUGAGAUAUAUAUUGAAACUGUUGGUUUGAUGUACUGUAAGGAGAUGAAGCAGCGGCUUAUGAAGCAAAGUGUAUCUCGCAUUCUUCGAAUACUCAAGGUUGCAGAAUUCCUUGGCUUCAGCUCAUGUAUCCAAUCAUGUUUGGAGUACUUGGAGGCAGUCCCUUGGGUUGGAGAGGAAGAAGAAGAAAAGGUGGUCUCAACUGUCCUUCAACUCCAAGCUGAAGGAAUUGGGGUCAACCCUGUACUAAAACGAGUUUCUUCUGACAUUUCUAAUGUCCCAAAAGACACUCUUUCCCACAUCAUUGAACUUGUUCUCAAAAGCAAUGAGGAAAGAGGUCGCCGAGAGAUGAAAUUGAUAGUCCUAAAGCUCCUCAGGGAGAAUAACAGACUUCCAAGCUAUGCACGUUCAUCUGACAUCUGCAAUGACAGGAUUUAUAGAUCAUGCAAAACCUGCUUGGAUUCGUUAUUGUCACUGUUCAAGAAGGCUGCAGAACCGGCCUUUGCAGACAAACCAAGUGAUGACCGGGACCACGUGACCAAGCAUAUAGCUCUUGAAGCCGAUAACCUGUCAUGGUUGCUUGAGAUCUUAAUUGACAAACAAGCGGCCGAUGAGUUUGCACUGAUGUGGGCAAACCAGCAGGAAUUGGCUUUUUUACACGAAAAGCUGCCAAUUGUGUCGCGUUAUCACGUUAGCUGCAUUUCUGGAAGACUAUAUGUUGGCAUUGGAAGAGGGGAGCUGUUGCCAUCAAAGGACACACGCCAGUUGUUGUUACAGACAUGGCUCCAGCCUCUAAUGAACGACUAUAACUGGUUACAGCAUGGAUGCAGGUCAUUUGAUAGGAAACUUGUGGAAGAAGGAAUUGGGAGGACUAUUCUCACCUUGCCUCUUGAGGAUCAACAAAGUAUUUUGCUUUCAUGGUUGGGGAGUUUCUUGAAAACUGGUGAUAGUUGUCCUAAUCUUCAGAGAGCUUUUGAGGUCUGGUGGAGGAGAACUUUCAUUAGACCUUAUGUGGAAAACCAAGGUAAUGUUGCUGUGUCAGAUAGUUCAAUUUCAAUGCUGCCAAAGCAGCACGAAUGAUAGCAUGUUUAGAUUUACGCCGAAAUCAUUAUGGAUCCAUGCUCAUUACUUUACUAGAUAUAAUUCAUGCGUGGAUCCAUGUUUACAGAUUUUUCAAUGUGUUUGCAGACACUGAAAAAAAGUGUGAAAUAGGGUCAGUGAAUAUGUUUGAAUGGUAGUGGAAUUUCACUUUAAAUUAACCAGUUUGAAGAAUUGUAAAGAUGUUUGUUGAUUGCAGAAUGUGGAUUAACCUCCUGCAGCUAACAAGGUAAGUAAUGGGACGUUUCUUGUGUGCAUUGCAUGAGUUGACUAUGAAUUCUUUGAGGAAGACCUCAUUGAAUUGAUAUUUCAGUUGUGGGUUUUUGUAUAAUCUCUUUAAGGAAAUGGAAUGGAAAUGAAUUUAGUUUUUC